GGUUAAUUUUGGCAAGUUUUCAAUUGUUUUCAUUUGAUAUUUCAGAAAUGAAUUUUUUUAUACUUUUCUGUAUUUUCAGCCAAGCUGUAACUAUCAUUCAAGGACAAAGAAAUAAGGUGGAUAACAGAAGAGUUAAAAACUAUAGAAGGAGAACAGUGGAAGUUGGAGUUUAUCUAGAUAAAUAUGUGUGGAAUACUAUGAAACAACAAGUAGGAGGAUCUAAUAGUUGUGUCCAAAGAAAAACAUACAAAAUGAUAAAAGCUCUAUUCAAAGAUACCGAAGUUCUAUUCAAAGAUUCUUCAAUUUCAAGAUAUGGAGGUUUUGAUCUAAAAGUAAAUGGAAUAAAGAUAAUAAAGAAUGAUUAUGAUCGUGAAUUUAGCCCAAUUCAUCAAACAACUAAUCAAGGAAGACAGCUUGACGUUUUUGAGAAAUAUGCUAGAUCAAGAAACAACCCUGAUGACAAAAAAAGGAAUAGUUAUGACAUAAGUUUUCUUCUGACUGGAAAUAAUAGAAGAGGUUCAGUACCGUCUGGAUUAUCUCAUAUUGAUAGGGUUUGCCACUUGUUUGGUGCUGGAGUGAUGACACUCAAAUUGAGGAAUGGAAAACAUGACGGUGCUCAUAUAUUGUUAGCUCAUGAGCUGGGACAUCUUAUGGGAGUUAAGGAUCAUGACGGAACAAAAUCUGCUAGAGAAUGCCGGGGUAAAACUAUAAUGAAACCCACUGUUGAACCUGACUUUACAAAAUGGAGUGCCUGCUCAAGGAAGCAAAUAGACUAUGCAUAUGACAGGCGUGCAAGGAAUAGGCACACUAAUGGAAACUGCUUUUAUGUUUAAACCUUGAGAAGUAAUUGUGAUAAAAAAAUAGAAAAUAAACAUUCUGCAUUUAAUUUAA